AUGCUGGGCAAGUCAUUCACCGUGCUGGCUGCGGCUAGCCUGGCUUCUGCUGCGACGCCUUCGGGAUUUCAGCCAGGCUCGACUACAGAACUCAUCGUCACGUACAAUGGAGUUCAAGCGCAAAGUGGUUCUGUAGUAGCUAGGGAUGGCACCGCAAGUGAACCUAAACUGGCCACAACGCAGCGUCUGAAUGGCACCUCGUACGCUGUGCUGAUGAUCGACCUCGACAUCCCGACAACGCCACCAACAACACUCCUGCACUGGAUGCAGACUGGUCUUACGCCCGCAACUGCAGCAACCGCUCUCAACACGAGUGCAGGGAACGCCCAGGCGUUUGCCCUGCAGACUGGCCAGACGGCAGCCUUUGCGACCUACCUGCAGCCCAACCCGCCAGCAAGAGUGCCGCUGUCUCAUCGGUACACGCAGAUUCUUGUCGACACCACUGGCGUCCAGCAGACGGCCCUCGACAGCCUGAAGUCCGCGGCACAAAACCGACAGGGCUUCAAGGCGCAGGAAGUGCUUACCGCGGCCGGUUUGCAGAGCAAAGUCGUCGCUGGGAAUUUUUACAACGUCACGAACCCUGGACCAGCUGCCGCUGCGUCGAACUCGUCUUCCUCGGGGGGCUCAAGCUCAGGUUCAGGCUCUGGCUCUGGCUCUGGUUCGAAUAGUACCUCAGGUCGUGGCAGUGGAAGCGGCAGCAGCAGUGGCAGCGGUACUGGCGCUGCUACGGGCUCUGGUACCAAUUCGGGAACCAACGGAACGCGACCUGGGACCAGCACAAACGGAGCUGUCGUCCAAGAGUCCAAGAGCAUGACGGCUUUCGUCCUCCUUGUUGUCGCGACACUAUGCCUGGGAGUAUAG